AUGGAAAUGGGUUCGAAGAAUGAGGAAGAUGAAGUUAUCGUCGAGGGUGAUAACCAUAGGCGUCGGCCGCAGCGGGAGCAUCGGGUUUCAUCUCCGUCGUCCCGGAGGAGGAGUAGGGAAAGAGAUCCACAACAACAAAGAUCUGGGAGUAAAGAAAGAGGAAGUGGGAGUGGCAAUGGCGGUGGAAGGAGAGUAAGCAGAUCCCCAAAUAGAAGAUCUGAAUCACCGAAUCCUAACUCCAGUGGCAGCAACGGGAAUGUCGCCGCCGGUGGUAAUAGCAAUAGGCCGGGAAAGAUGGUCUCGGUCCCUGCCACCGAUAAAAGCAACAACCCUGGUGGCGUAGAGGUGGUUGCCGGUGGAGUGAAGAAGAUUCAAGUGAAGCGAAACGCCGGCGAAGCUUUGGGUUCCCGGACUGCAGCAUCUCCACGUUCUAAAUCUCCGGCGAGGGCAAACCUUCGUGUCUUGAAUGAGAAUCAGAAUCAGCAGCCAUUGACACUGAGUCGAAGCAAUUCAAGGAAGGCAGAGCAUUCUCCUUACAGAAGGAAUCCGCUGGCUGAGAUCGAUACAAACGCUGCUGGAUCCGAUCAACCAAAACACCAAAGCUCAAUUGCAGAAACCAAAUUCGAAAAUCUGAAAAACAAUCAACUCGUAACAAGAACACGAUCUUCAAGGCUAUCUCGAGACCUAGAUAUAAACCCAGAAACUCUACUAAACUCCAACCCACCAUCCUACGCUAGUUUAUUACUAGAGGACAUCCAAAACUUCCACCAAAAAAACCCCACCACCACCACCGCCACCGCCACCACGGUGGCUACAACACCACAACCACCGGGUUUUUCCCUUCCAGCCUGUGUCAGCAAGGCGUGCUCCAUUCUUGAAGCUGUAGCGGAUCUCAACUCUGCUAAUAACUCCAACGAACGUCAAUUCAAGAAGAAAGACAACCUUGUGGAGUCGGAGAUGGUGGUUGAUGAUGAUCUGACGGAGCCAAGUCUGCACAAAUAUGUGACUGUGAGGAGAGGUGCAGGUGAUGCAGAUGCUGACGAACAGGAAUCAUCAGGGAGCAAUAGUUUUGCUGGAAGUCAGCAGAUGAGUUGGAUGUCAUCUUCUUGGGAGCCAAAUUCAGGUGAUUCCACAAGUUGCUAUACUUCUUCAAGGUCGAAUGAAGUUCAGAAAAGUGGAGAGUAUCCUAGGAGUGGAAUAGGACGUGGGAGAGUAGGUGUUCAUGGUAGAAGUGCUUAUUCAUUGCCGAAUUAA